AUGGAUUCUGCAUCCGAGACCACUGAGGAUAUUGUUACGGCCAACGGUGAGCGUAUCGUCGAGAAGAUCCAUGGAUCGAAAAGGGGGCAACCCAAGGACAGAAGGCCUGUCCAUGAUGGUCGACAAAACCCCGCUGCAGGAGCCAAUCCGUCUUUCCCGCCCUAUGAACCCUCAAAGCCACGGGUGGCUCAAAGGCGCCGGUCUUAUACCAGGUUGCGUCCAGAAGUCCGGAUGAUCUCCGAUACAGAAUCAGAUCUUGAACUCCCAUGUCGUCAUCAACGGCCCCGAGCAACGGGCAUUAUCCAUCACGACACAUCAUUCCCUCGCCGGUAUCCAGACAAUAUGCACUCACCUCUCACAAAGCUGGACCUCGAGAUACUCUUACAACAGAAACAGAUAGACCGGCUGGAGGAAGAUUUGCAUCGCUUUAGACUCUCAAGGGAAGAAAAGAACAGACACCUUGCAGAGGACGGCCGAGAGUUCGAAGACGAAAUUUCGGAGCGAUUGAGGAGACUGAAUGAAUGGGAAAGGAAAGAGGCUCGAACGACGAGAGCCGAAAGGCGUACCGAGGAGCAAGCAAAGAUACGGAGAUUGGAAAAGGCCGAGCUGCAAGCCAAGAGGAAAGGAGAAAUCAAAGCUGCGUUACGCGAAAAGGAAUGGAAAGAGAUGAAGAAGAAGGUCGAGGAGGAGGAAACUCGGCGCCGGAUUGAGAAGGAGCUGCGCGAUGAAGAGUUUCGACGGAAAUCCGAGGAACGCGAACGCCUCAUACAGGAAAACAGGAUUCGGCGUGCUGCUGUAGAAGACUAUAAGUUGGCAGAAGAGCAGCGCCUUCUUGAGGAGGAGAGGCAGAAGAGGCAGCUAAGGAAGGAGUAUAGAGCAGCCAUUGAAGCGGAGCUCGGAUAUUCCCUCGAGCAGGUGAAAGAUAUCCUGGCUAAAGCGGGAGGCAAGAAAGGCCAGACACAGAGAAGGGGGCGUAACAAACAAAUCUCUGCGGCAGUCCAUGAUGCCCCUAGUGGGGAUGAGGCAGAUGAGGAAGCACCUUGA